CCCAGUCCUUCCGAGCCCUUUCCCGUACACUUCCCAUCCAUCAACCCAUCCGACGAUUGACGACCCGACCCACGACGAAAAUGGAGUUCACAACUACCGGAAUGCUAAACGAAGAUGGCAUCCAUGUCGACAUGGAUAGGCUGAAGAAGGGAGAAGUCAAUUUGGGUACCUCCAUCAUGGCAGUUACUUUCAAAGACGGCGUCAUUCUCGGCGCUGAUUCACGGACGACCACCGGCGCAUACAUCGCCAACCGAGUAACCGACAAGCUGACCCGGGUCCACGACACAAUAUGGUGCUGUCGCUCCGGCUCGGCGGCGGACACACAGGCCGUCGCCGACAUCGUGCAGUACCAGCUCGGCCUGUACGCCACGCGCAACGGGAAGAACCCCACCACCCAGACGGCGGCGUCUAUCUUCCAGGAGAUUUGCUACGCGAACAAGGACCGGUUGUCGGCCGGCCUCAUCAUCGCGGGCUGGGACGAGCGCCACGGCGGCCAGGUAUACUCGAUCCCGCUGGGCGGGUCUCUCCACAAGCAGGCCUACGCCAUCGGCGGGUCGGGCUCGACCUACAUCUACGGCUACUGCGACGCGCACUGGAGGGAGGGCAUGGAGGAGGCCGAGGCCGUCGACUUUGUCAAGGGCGCGCUGCGGGAGGCCAUCAAGUGGGAUGGCAGCUCAGGCGGCGUCAUCCGCAUGGUGGUGCUCACCGAGCAGGGGGCCGAUAGGCACCUGUACCUCCCGGAUACCGACUACAAAGUGCGCCACUAUUAAAAAAAUGCGGCCCGAGAAAGGGUGCGCAGGAGGAAGACGAGGAAAUGAUAGAUGGGUUGUUGGGGUGUUAAACGACUGAUGUUCAUCCAUUCUGGGACUCUUUGUCGGGGAGGGUAGGGCAGCGAGUAGACAAGAGAGGUGCGGAGGGAAACUGAAGGGUCUACUGAGGAAACGAAACACCGACGAUCCGGCUACUCUAUAGGAGCCGGUGUACAAUUACCAUAGAUGCAUUCGUGUCACAAAUCGUAAGGUAUAUCGG